UCAGUGGGAGUACUACUGGACCACUGGUCUGUUACUUGAAAACCCUAGGUUUCAUCUUCUUAAAUCACGAUUCGCAAGUCAAAUUGGAAAUAAAUUCCCAUGGCUCUCACUAGAAGUUAAUUUCCAAGAUUAUUUGUUUUGAUUAAGCAUUGAAGCAGGUGAUUACAGUGACAGUAAGAAGAGAAUUUGGGAUUCAAAUCAAAUCUUUCAGAAAAUAUAAAUGGGGAUUCAACAGAGACAGUCUAAUUAGAAAAACUAAAAUCUCAUGGAUAUCGAUGGUCAAAAUUUACAGAACAAUAUUGGUGAGGCAGAAGAAGAUAGGAUUAGCGAAUUACCUGACUCACUUCUUCAUUAUAUCCUUUCGUUCCUUGAUGUCAAGCAUGUUGUUUGUGCUUCUGUGUUAUCUAAAAGAUGGAAGCACUUAUGGACCUCUAUCCCCACUCUUGAUUUGCAAUUCUGGGACCUGUACGGCGACCCCCCUGAGUUAUCUGAGAUCAAUAAAUUCAUGGAUUUUGUGGAUAGAACAUUGCUUCUUCAUGAUGAGUCAAAUAUUCAAAAGUUUAAGCUCAACUUGUACAACGACAUGGAUGCAUCACGGGUUCAUUCAUGGAUCGAAAAUGUAACAAGGCGCAAUGUCCAAGAACUAAGUCUACGUCUCUAUAUGGAUUUUGAUCAAUGCGACAUACCUUUAUCUAUUCCUAUAUCUCUUUUUAAUUCUGAGUCACUGACUAAAUUGAAGCCAACUGCAAGUCCUAGCAUGUGUUUCCCAAAAAAAAUCUUCCUUCCAAAGAUCAAGAGUCUUACACUUUGGAAUAUCAAAUUUGGUGAUGGUUGCGAGCAACCCUUUUCCAAUUGCCUUGUCGUUGAAGAAUUGUUUUUGUAUUACUGCACUUGGGUUGGUAUAAGGAAUUUCUGCAUUUUAACUCCGGUACUAAAAGUCUUGGAAAUUAACAAUGAGUUAGAUGAAGAAAAGACGGGUUUAGAAGAUUGUGAUCUGAAAAUUCAUGCGCCAAGUCUGGUAUCUCUUAGUUAUCGGGGUUGUUUGGCAAAGGAUUAUGAAAUGUCCAGUUUUUUAACACUAGAUAAAGCAGUAGUUCAGUUUGUUUUCUUUGAUCCUGAAGCAAGAGGGCCGGAGCAAAGGAUGAGUCAGGCUGUAAGUAAGUUUGUUCAAGCACUUUCACAUGUUAGGUUUCUAUCAUUACGUGUGGAAAACGAUGAGGUUCUAUCUGUUGCAAACGGUUUUUUAAGCAACUCACCUAGGUAUCGUAAUUUGACCACGCUGGCGCUGUAUCAAGGAGCAACCAUAGAUAAACUAAUAUUUGCACUGCUCAGAGCAACACCUAAUCUAAGGAAACUUGUAUUCCGAGAGGCAAGUGUGCACUUUUGAUUUUGAAUACAUGUCAUAAAAGAUAUUUUUA